AUGGCUGAUCACUUCUUGCAAAACAUUAAACAAUCUUUUCCAUUAUCAGACAUUGAUUCCAACAUGGAAUUUAUGAACCAUUUUCCCGAAAUAAAUCCAAGUUAUCAAGAUACAUCAGUCUUGAACUUGCAGAACUUGAUGGGAUUUCCCAAUGACAAUACUUUUCCCCAUUUAUUGUCCGAAUGCACCGGUAUCUCAGAAGAUUUUCCGGGUUUGUUUAUCCAUGAGGACAAGAAUUUUGUGCCUCAAACUGCAAAUGAUCAUCUUGCAGGGAAGAAGAGGAAAGAAAUCGACACCCCACAAAGUAGUGGGGCUUAUUCAUCUGCUCAAGGUUCAGCAAAUGGUGUUACAAGGAAAAAUAGUGCAGGAAGAGGGAAAAAGGUGAAAUUCAACGAAAAGGAAGAGGGGAAACCAACGGAUGUGGUACAUGUUAGAGCUAAAAGAGGCCAGGCCACUGAUAGUCACAGUUUAGCAGAAAGGGUGAGAAGAGGAAAAAUCAACGAGCGAUUGAGAUGUUUACAAGACAUUGUUCCUGGAUGCUACAAGACAAUGGGCAUGGCAGUGAUGUUGGAUGAAAUCAUCAAUUAUGUGCAGUCCUUGCAAAGUCAAGUUGAGUUCCUUUCCAUGAAGCUUACAGCAGCAAGCAUGUUUUAUGAUUUCAACUCAGAAACAAAUGCAUUCGAGGCAAUGCAGCAAGAAAAGGCGUACGAGACAUUGAAGAUGCAGAAGAUGGCAAAGGAAGGAUGUGAAGGAAUAAGUUCGACUCAAUUCGGUUCAUUAGAUGUCACUUUUGGCAAUUAUCCCUCUUGGCCAAGGAACACUUGA